CUGUCUCAGGGCACUGAAGGACUGGGUCCACCCCGGCGGGGUAGAGGGACUUGCCGGGAGCCAUCCACGGGCUUUCGGCGCCCUCCAGCGGCGUCUCGGGAGGAGGGAGAGACGCCGAGACAGCGAGAGAGAGCGCAAAGAGCGAGACGCGAGAGAGCGAGGGUCCGAGAAGGGGAGCGAGGGAGACGCGGGCUGAGAGACCGACCCGAGGCGGGGGCGAGGAGCAGGGGCGGCGCGAGAAACUGACAGCGUGUCCCGCGGCGGGGCGGGGGCUCGGCCGGGCGUCCGCGGGGGACGCCGCCGCUAGAGGGCACAUCGGGAGCGGCAGCCCGCCAGGCACCCUGGGGGACCGAGCUCCCGCCCCGGCCCCGCGGCCCGCGCCCCGGGCGGCCCGAGCCCCCUCCGCGGGCGCGCGGCUCCCCGCCUUCCCAGCCACGGCUGGCGCGCGGCCCGGCCCGGCAGAGCACAGUCCCGGCCCCGAGGGGGGCCGAGCUCGGGCGAAAACCCGCCCUCCAGCGAGCUCAUUUCCCUAAAAAGGGGGGGCGGAACGGGAGGGAGAGAAAGAAAGAGAGAAAAAGAAGGGAAGGGAGAGGGAGACGGCUGGAGCCCGAGGACCGACGCGGAGCCGCGGGCCGAGCGGGGGGCGGGAGACAGGAAGGAGGGAGGCGAGCAGAGGGAAGGGGAAGAGGUCGGGGAGCGCGGGCGGGAGCGGUCGCGGUCGCCGUCGCGAUCGAGCGAGCGAGCGGGCGAGGGACGCCCUCCCCUGGCCUCCAGUGCCCGCUUCUCUCGCCGCCGCCCCGCCAGCAUGCCCGGCGUGGCCCGCCUGCCGCUGCUGCUCGGGCUGCUGCUGCUCCCGCGUCCCGGCCGGCCGCUGGACUUGGCCGACUACACCUAUGACCUGGCGGAGGAGGACGACCCGGAGCCCCUCAACUACAAAGACCCCUGCAAGGCGGCUGCCUUUCUUGGGGACAUUGCCCUGGACGAAGAGGACUUGAGGGCCUUCCAGGUGCAGAAGGCUGCGGAUCUCAGACAGCGCACAGCCCAUAGGUCCUCCUUCAAAGCUCCAGUUCCAGAAAACACUUCUACCCCCAGCUGCAAGAGCACCAACGGGCAGCCUCAGAGGGGAGCCUCCGGGAGGUGGAGAGGCAGAUCUCGCAGACGGCGGGCAGCAACGUCCAGACCGGAGCGUGUGUGGCCUGAUGGGGUCAUCCCCUUUGUCAUUGGGGGAAACUUCACUGGUAGCCAGAGGGCAGUCUUCCGGCAGGCCAUGAGGCACUGGGAGAAGCACACCUGUGUCACCUUCCUGGAGCGCACCGAUGAGGACAGCUAUAUUGUAUUCACCUACCGACCUUGCGGGUGCUGCUCCUACGUGGGUCGCCGCGGCGGGGGCCCCCAGGCCAUCUCCAUCGGCAAGAACUGUGACAAGUUCGGCAUCGUGGUCCACGAGCUGGGCCAUGUCGUCGGCUUCUGGCACGAACACACUCGGCCAGACCGGGACCGCCACGUUUCCAUCGUUCGUGAGAACAUCCAGCCAGGGCAGGAGUAUAACUUCCUGAAGAUGGAGCCUCAGGAGGUGGAGUCCUUGGGGGAGACCUAUGACUUCGACAGCAUCAUGCACUACGCUCGCAACACAUUCUCCAGGGGCAUCUUCCUGGAUACCAUUGUCCCCAAGUAUGAGGUGAACGGGGUGAAACCCCCCAUUGGCCAAAGGACACGGCUCAGCAAAGGGGACAUUGCUCAGGCCCGAAAGCUUUACAAGUGCCCAGCCUGCGGAGAGACCCUGCAAGACAGCACAGGCAACUUCUCCUCCCCUGAGUACCCCAAUGGCUACUCAGCUCACAUGCACUGCGUGUGGCGCAUCUCUGUCACACCCGGGGAGAAGAUUAUUCUGAACUUUACAUCCCUGGACCUGUACCGCAGCCGCCUGUGCUGGUACGACUACGUGGAGGUCCGAGAUGGCUUCUGGAGGAAGGCGCCCCUCCGAGGCCGCUUCUGCGGGUCCAAACUCCCUGAGCCCAUCGUGUCCACUGACAGCCGCCUCUGGGUUGAAUUCCGCAGCAGCAGCAAUUGGGUUGGAAAGGGCUUCUUUGCCGUCUAUGAAGCUAUCUGCGGGGGUGACGUGAAAAAGGACUACGGCCACAUUCAAUCACCCAACUACCCAGACGAUUACCGGCCCAGCAAAGUCUGCAUCUGGCGGAUCCAGGUGUCCGAGGGUUUCCACGUGGGCCUCACGUUCCAGUCCUUCGAGAUUGAGCGCCACGAUAGCUGUGCCUACGACUACCUGGAGGUACGCGACGGGCACAGUGAGAGCAGCCCCCUCAUCGGGCGCUACUGUGGCUACGAGAAGCCCGAUGACGUCAAGAGCUCGUCCAGCCGCCUCUGGCUCAAGUUUGUCUCCGACGGAUCCAUCAACAAAGCUGGCUUCGCCGUCAACUUUUUCAAAGAGGUGGACGAGUGCUCUCGGCCCAACCGCGGGGGCUGCGAGCAGCGCUGCCUCAACACCCUGGGCAGCUACAAGUGCAGCUGUGACCCCGGGUAUGAGCUGGCCCCAGACAAGCGCCACUGUGAGGCUGCCUGUGGUGGAUUCCUCACCAAGCUCAACGGCUCCAUCACCAGCCCAGGCUGGCCCAAGGAGUACCCUCCCAACAAGAACUGCAUCUGGCAGCUGGUGGCGCCCACCCAGUACCGCAUCUCCCUGCAGUUUGACUUCUUCGAGACAGAGGGCAAUGAUGUGUGCAAGUAUGACUUUGUGGAGGUGCGCAGUGGACUCACGGCCGACUCCAAGCUGCAUGGCAAGUUCUGUGGUUCUGAGAAGCCCGAGGUCAUCACCUCCCAGUACAACAACAUGCGUGUGGAGUUCAAGUCCGACAACACCGUGUCCAAAAAGGGCUUCAAGGCCCACUUCUUCUCAGAUAAGGACGAGUGCUCCAAGGAUAACGGUGGCUGCCAGCAGGACUGCGUCAACACCUUCGGCAGUUACGAGUGCCAGUGCCGCAGCGGCUUCGUCCUCCACGACAACAAGCACGACUGCAAAGAAGAGGCAGAAGUCAGAUCGCCGUGGAUUGAAGAGACAUGCAUUGAGAAUGUGGCCAUGGCAUGUGUUCCAGAAGGCGAGCUGGAAAGAAAAGGAGAGUGGAUGGGCUGGGCCUGGGAGAGCUCUUUCAGGGUGUGUGAAGGUUCGGAGGCUGCAGAGCUAAGAGAGUGUGAGGCUGGAUCGUUUCUGGUGUGAGGGUUCCCAGGCAUGGGCAGCAAUGAGCUGCAGCUCCCAGAAGGGCAGUCUGCCUUGACAGGGAGGAGGAGCACCUGCUCCAGGGCUGCCGAGCAGCGGCACAGAUGGGUUUGCAGUUCAGAACCCAGAGGUUGAAGCCAUUUAUAGUGGAGGGCCCCGGCUUUCUCAGGAGGUAAGAGAGAGGUGGUCUGCCACUGGGAGCUGAUAGAGUGACUUGAGGAAGGGGCUGAAUGUUUGCAGCAGUUGCUAAGGAGGUGAGAGAUGGAGCUGGUGAAGGCCAAAUCCAAGGAGUAUCCAGUGGUCUGGGGGGCCCAGGUGAGGCUGGAGCCACACAUGGGGUUUUCUAAGAUGGUGCCAGGCAGAGCCGGGAUGCAGGGCCAUGCAGAGUGCGGAGGAGCAGGCUGGGUGGUCAGCAAGGCAGUCAGUUAAGUCAAUCAAGGAAGAAGUAUUGGGAGAGAAUGGAGAGAUGAAGACCCUGGAGGUCUCUCUAAAAUAAAGAGGCCAGCCAGGCGCAGUGGCUCAUGCCUGUGACCCUAGCACUUUGAGAAGCUGAGGCAGGAGGAUCGCUUGAAACCAGGAGUUUGAGAUCAGCCUGGGCAACAUAAUGAGACCCCAUCUCUACAAAAAGUAAAAAUGAAAAAAAUUAGCCAGGUGCUAUGCCUGUAGUCCCAGCUACUUGGGAGGCUGAGGCAGGAGAAUUGCUUGAAUCCAGGAGGCAGAGGUUGAGCCUGGGAGCUUGAGGCUACGGUAAGCUAUUACACUACUGCACUCCAGCCUGGGUAGCAAAGUGAUACCCCGUUUUUGUUUUUUAAUUUUAAUAAAGUCAAAUGACCAUAGUUGGGAGGGUGAGGUCCUGAGCACCCCGAAGGAACAGGAGGUGGCCACGGAACGGAGAGGAUGAUGUGUUUGUGGCGUGGAGAAAGUGGAUGAUGACAAAGCCUCCAAGGAACUGAGAGGCCACCUUAGGUGGACCGUUGUGUGUCUGUUGACUUCACCUGGGAGGGUAGCAGGAGUGGGGGUGGGGAGAACUGAGUCAGGUGUCAAAGUCUCAUGUGACUGUCCCGAUUGCUGGAGAUCAGCAGACAACAGCUUCGAGGAGGGGCACAGGUCGGCUGGAGGCAGUGGCUCAUGCCUGUAAUCCCAGCACUUAGGGAGGCCUAGGCAGGCAGAUCACUUGAGGCCAGGAGUUUGAGACCAGCCUGGCCAACAUGGCAAAACUCUUUCUCUACUAAAAAUACAAAAAUUAGCUGGACAUGGUGGCUCACAUCUGUAAUCCAAGAUAUUUGGGAGGCUGAGGCAGGAGAAUCACUUAAACCUGAGAGGCGGAAGUUUCAGUGAGCCGAUAUCAUACUAUUGCACUCCAGCCUGGGCAACAGAGUGAGACUCUGUCCCCGCCCCCCACCCCCAAAAAAAUGGAGAAGCACAGGUGAUAUGACCCAUGUGGCCCAACACCUACAACGGUCCGGGUCGCCCAGGAGAGGCUGCGAUGGCUGCUUCCUGAGCGCUGCCACGUGAGGCCUCACUCAAGGCUUUUGUAGGAAUUGGCAGCUAGGUUUUCCCCAGACACAGGUAGCCUCAUGGAAAAGAAAUGAUGCCUGCCUGCCAUCCAGUUCGUAAGUGGCACAAGACGUGAAAGAAAGGAGGGGGCAGGAGGGAAGGGCUAUCGCAGCUUGGGGUCCCUCUCUAUCACCUUCCGUCACUCGCUUUCCUGCAGCCGGCUGUGACCACAAGGUGACAUCCACCAGUGGUACCAUUACCAGCCCCAACUGGCCUGACAAGUAUCCCAGCAAGAAGGAAUGCACCUGGGCCAUCUCCAGUACCCCCGGGCACCGGGUCA